AUGUGGAUUCUCCCUCUUCUUGGCUAUCUCGGCCUCGCUCUGGGCGUCCUCUUCCUCACCCUCGCCAUCGCAUCCGGCCUCUACUACCUCUCCGAACUCGUCGAAGAACACAGCGUGAUCGCCAAACGCAUCCUCACACGCCUCAUCUACUUCGUCAUCGGCCUCCAAGUCCUCCUACUCAUCGUCGACAAAUUCCCACCACUCCUCUCCAUCUUCAGCAUUGCCUCCCACAUCAUUUACAGCCUCAACCUGCGACGAUUCCCCGUGGUCAAACUCACCGAUCCGGUGUUCCUCGCAUCAUGUGCUCUCGUCCUAGCAAACCACUGGCUCUGGUUCCGACACUUUUCGAACGCUCCUGGAGGACAGAAUCAUCGUGGUGCAUCAAGCGCAAGAUGGAAUGUAUACGAGCGUGUGGACGUGCCGACAUUCACUGAGAUCGCGUCGUUCUUCGGACUGAACGUAUGGCUGGUGCCCUUUGCUCUGUUCGUCAGUCUUAGCGCGGGUGAGAACGUGUUGCCGAGCAUGGGGAGUGAGUACGCUACAGGACAAGGCAGCAGGGGUGGAGGAGCGAUCAAGACGAGACAUAAGAGGAGCAACACACAGACGGGCAUGGCCAAAGCUGCGGUCAUGGGAGUACAAGAUUGGGUUUCGGAAACAGGCGAGUUGAUGGGAUUCUGGAAGGGAGACAGGACAAGACCUUCGUUAUGA